AUGCGUGUUUGCAUAAUUCAGAUAAUCAAUAAAACGCCCGAGUGCCUCGCAGGUGAGCCAUUAGUACCUCGGCUUCCUCGGGGCAAACUUUGCGUUUGUUUGUUGUGUACGGCGCUACGCGACUCGAAAUGGCAACGUUUUCUCUCCAGCUUGAGCGAAAAGUGGAAUUGGGCCUUGUCACAUGCGGGAAAUUCGACGGUUCUCACGCGUGCAUUGUGGUCGCUACUUCCGGGGGCAACGUUCUCGUCCACAGCCCCCAUCGUCGCCCGCUUCCGGAUCCCACUGAUGAUACUGGAACCGGAAGACUCGCCUGGACCGGCGAACUUGCCGAAUUGCGAAUCGGCAAACAGGUGACUUCUCUGUACGCCGGGCGGUUAGGCGAAGACGAGAGAGAUGUUCUAAUGAUCGGUACCGCGACUCACCUUCUCGUAUACAACGUCGAGGAUAACGCCGACGUGUUUUACAAGGAGAUGUCUGACGGCGCGUACACCAUCACCGUCGGCAAACUGGGUUGGCUGACGGACCGAAGCGUCGCCGUUAUCGGUGGUAAUUGCUCCGUGACCGUCCUAGACGCCUCGGGUGCAGAGGUCUUCUGGACGGUAACCGGCGACGUCGUCGUUUCCUUGAUGAUAUUCGACUUCGACGGCGACGGCGCGAACGAACUGAUCCUCGGAAGCGUUGAUUUCGAGAUUCGGGCCCUGAAGGGAGACUCAGUGGCCUGGGACGUUAAGGAAACGGCGCCAGUCACGGCCCUGGUUGCCCUCUCCGGUUGCCAGUUCGGUUACGCCGUGGGAAACGGUACCGUCGGGGUCUACGAGACGGGACAGCGUCUCUGGCGUGUGAAGUCGAAGCACAGAGUGGUGGCCAUUCGUGGAUACGACGUCAACGGAGACGGCACAGAGGAACUCGUCACCGGCUGGAGCAGCGGGAAGGUCGACGCCCGGGUGCCGGCGACAGGGGAGGUCGUCUUUCGCGUUCAACUAUCCGCAGCUGUAGCCGGAAUCGCACGCGCCGAUUAUCGCCGCACCGGAAGACCCGACCUGGUCGUCGUCUCAGCGACCGGAGAAGUCAGGGGCUUCGGCUCAGGAGCAGCUUCUUCGGAGGCUUCGGAACCGGGCGACAUGGUGCGGGAGUUGCUGGCGAAGAAACAGGCGCUGAUAGCCGAGAUGAGACACAGAGCCGCGAACCCAGGAAGUUUCGCGUCCAGACUAGCCGUGGAAGUGUCGUGCGGGGACGGGGCAGCCCGCAUGGCACUGGCCGCUGGUCCCGGCCUCCUGGUUCACUGCACCAUCGUCUUCGCCGAGGGGGUCUUCGACGGUGAGACUCUCGUUGAUCGCCCCAAUCGACCCUGCGGACAGAUCGAGAUUGAACUCCGACCCCCAAAAGAUACCCCCGUCGACGUCCACGUCAAAGUCUGCGUCGGACCGAUGGGCGCCGAUCUUCUUCAGGUUUUCGAACUGACGCGGCAGCUACCGCGAUUCUGCAUGUACGAAAGGAUCGAGAGACCGAUCGACGUUGGAGACGCUGCUCUUGAUGAUUCUGGGGUGACGAUCGAGGUGGCGGAGAGACCUCAACGCUUGGCAAUUUGGCUUGGACAAAAUCUGAUUCUGCCCGAAGAGACGGAGGUGGAGGUCGCGGAGGUGGGGCCGACGGCGGGAACGCUUAACGUCUGUCUGCGAGGGUUGAGGGACGGGAAACUACACCAGCUGGAGGCGACGAGCGGUGGAAGGGUCAGACUUCGAACUAAGGACUCGACCUUCGCAGGGGAAGUCGUUCAGUCGUUGGCAUCUUACCUUGGACUCGGAGAGCUCAGUGCGGAAGCGAAUUUCCCAGAGGAUGAGAAACUGAUGACCGAGGCCUUGGAACGCCUGAACGGUCUUCGCGAAACCGAAAUCCGGCUCCGAGCUGGCGAGGCGCGUGGCGCUGCGCUGCUCAGGAACUUUUUGGUCCGUACCGAAGACGCGAGGAUCUUGGGUGAUGCUAAGAACGCCAAAGCCAGACUCGCCCAGCUUCGGGCCGUCAACGGGGAUCUCAUCCGGGACCACGAAAUCGGCGCCAACAGCUACCGCGAUCUCGUUCGUACACUGAAGGUUCUCAACGCCGCCGUUCAACGCAUCGCGCGUCUCCGAGUGGGAAAGCCAGCAGCGAACGCUAUCGCAAAGUGCAGAUCUGCGAUUCGCGACGGAGAUGCGCGAGCGCUGGUAGCAGUUGCGCGACAAGGAUAAACGAUAUAACGCGUUAUAAGUUAUUGGGACGGGAGUAAAAACCAAGGAAUUGUUAAUCGUUGUAUAAGCACGUGACACGAUAAGAGCGUUGCCCACUUAUGAAUUUUCAAACUUGCA